GUGAAGGUGGAGCGUAUCUCGCGAGAGAAAUCCCAGAAUGUGGCAGAGGAGCUGGUUUCAGUGAUGCGUGGACCCAACUUGCCUGGCAGGACCUUCAAGGGAGGAUUUCUGACAGCACCCCACCUCGGGACGCCAUCGCGUCUGAUCGUGUUGGAGGAUCCGCCAGCCGGCGUGGAAGCACUUUCAGAAACCGAGCAGGUGGAGCAGGGACGGCCGGAACCCUUCCCCUGCAAGGCAGUGUUCAACCCGCAGCUGCGCCCGGCGUCCAACGCAACCUCUGUGUACUGGGAGAGGGACCCGAGCGUCCCAGGCUAUCGGGCCCUGGUCGAGCGGUACAAUGAAGUUCAAGUUUCAGGCUUUGACCCUUCGGGAAGCGCUGUGGACUUCGUUGCUCGGGGCUGGCAGGCACGGCUCUUUCAGCAGGCUGCGGACGUCCUGGAUGGCAGCAUUUUUAUUGACCGCUGUGUCAUGCGAUCCCUUUGUCACCUCGAUGCUCGCCGGGGACUCGUGUUUCAGCAGUGCCGUGUUGUGAUGUUCAGACAUCUUUAA